GAGCGGCCGCGGCGCUGCGGUGCCCGUGAGGCGGCGGCGGCGGCUCCUCCGCCGGACGUGCCGGGGAUGCGGCUUGGUGCACUGACCACUGCCCUGGGGACACUGUUCCGGUGCUCGACCACCCUCGGAGUGGAACAUUUCCCGAUAUCCAGUUCUGCAGCACCCUUGCAGAGACUCUACAAGUGAAUGAGAACUUCUCUCUGCAGAACUGAGGUGAAGAGCUUCACCAUGGGUCAACAGAUUUCAAACCACACACAAACUGUAAUUAACAAGUUGCCAGAAAAAGUAGCAAAGCAUGCCUCUUUGGUUCAAGAAAGUGGUUUCCUAACCUAUGAAGAGUUUCUGGGAAGAGUAGCUGAACUCAAUGAUAUUACUGCAAAAUUGGCUUCUGGACAAGACAAACAUCUGCUGUUUGAAGUGCAGCCUGGGUCUGAUUCUUCUGCUUUCUGGAAGGUGAUCGUUAGGAUAAUAUGUACCAAAAUAAAUAAAACAAGUGGCAUCGUGGAAGCUUCCAGAAUCUUGAACUUAUAUCAGUUCACUCAACUUUAUAAAGACAUCACCAGUCAAGCAGCAGGAGUUCUUGCACAGAGUGAUACUUCUGAAGAAGCUGCUGAGAGUUGGAGGUCUCUGUCUUCGUGUCAGGCCAGCUUGUGGAUGGGAAGGGUUAAACAGCUGACAGAUGAAGAGGAAUGUUGCAUCUGCAUGGAUGGGCGUGCUGAUUUAAUCCUUCCAUGUGCUCACAGUUUCUGCCAGAAAUGCAUUGAUAAAUGGAGUGACCGCCACAGAAACUGUCCUGUGUGCCGCCGGCAGGUGACGGGGGCAGGAGAUUCCUGGGUGGUGUCAGAGGCCCCUACAGAAGAUGACAUUGCCACUUACAUCCUUAACAUGGUGGACGAGGCGGGGCAGCCCCACAGACCCUGACCCUGCCCACCAGGCUGAUCAGGGCAGAACCACUUGAAGCUUUUGUUUUCCCCAGCGUCUGGUUUUACCCCUCCUUGUCGUUCUUCCACAGUCUGUCCUUUCCUUCUCCUCUUGGCUGCUGUGAGUCUGCUCUGCUCUCCUAAAGCACAGGGUAUCUGAGCAAGUCUCUGUGUGUGCAGUCUUCAUUAUUAAACUGUUCUUCCAGCAAACUCUUUGAUCAUGAACAGAGUUUAACAAGAGCAUUUGAUACUAAUUAACAGUUCGACUACUCGAUGAAGCAACUUGUAACAGCACAACUACAACUGCAAACUGCUGUUUUGAGCAUCACAGUGUACUGCUACAGAGAUGAACCAUGGUAGGUGGCUUGACCUCACAGUUCCUACCCUUAAAAGCAGUCUCUUAUUCACAACUAAUGUGAAUGAAGAUAAGUUAGCACUAGUGGUUAUUAAUUUGAAAUUUUACUGUUGAAACUUGAAGAUGUCCCACUGCCUGUUCUUCAGUAAGAAGUUAUUGCUGCUUUUAGUAUUUACAGAUACUUAAUCUGAUCUGUUAAGACUUUUAGUAUAAAUUAUUUUAAAUCCGUUUUUGAGAGUGUAGGCAGGUCUGUAAAUGUACUUGUGCACUUCCCGUUAUUCUUCUAACAAAACUUAUCUCUUAAAAUAUUUUUUUUAAAUACGAUAUUUAGCAUAGUCUUAUUAGCUUGGAAACAUUAAACAGAUUCGUACACAAUCCUAAAAGCAGUAAAUUGGCUUCUCAGUAGUUUUUGAUAAAGAACAGCUAGAAUUAUUUUUAAACAUUAGGUAUAUCUGAAUGCCUUUAUUUGAAUUAGCACUUAAGGUGUAGUUUAGGCUGAUGCUGUGGUUUUAUCUGCUCCUCUUGAGUUACUAAAGUGAUGAGAUCAGAGUUAAAAGGUAUAUGAAGAGUUACAAGUGAUAACCUAAGUAAGGGUGCUCUACUUUAUAUCUACAAGUGCAAUAUGCUUUUAUGUAGCAGAGGGAAACUUCUUUAACAAUAAUGUGGCUUAGACUGAGAUGCACAUGUGACUGCUUGGAAAAGGGGUAUCUCAACUGGAGUGAAACAGUAUUUUGUGUCUAGCAGAAUGAAGUCUUUAAGAGCUGAGUUUAGACAGUCUAAAAUUGUUAGUAUUCAGGAAACCCAUCUUAAGCCUCUUGUGCAUAAAUAGUGUUAUGAAAAUGAAUGGCUACUGUAGAGAAUUUUUUAUAUAUAUAUUAACAAAUACUACUUUUUCUCACUCAGUAACCUCAAGUUAAAAUAUUCAAGUGUAGCAUUUGAGGGAAUAACAGCAUAAAUCCUGCUUACUGUGAAGACUGCAUUUUUCCUUACCAUACCUGUUAAAAUUCCAUGAUGCCAUAAGGCUUAGGUCCUUUUGUCACAGGUUCUGUGACAUGUAGAUAUGCACAUUUAGGUUAUUUUUCUUAAUUGGCUACAAAAUAACUUAAUUACAUCAGUUUGUUAAAGAAUGUGCACAGAGUAUGGCACCUGUUUGAGCUUGGCUUGUGACACCAUUGUCAAAUUUAUCAUAGGUUUUAAAACAGAGAAGCAACAUACCUUUCAUGUGUCUGUCAUCUGAGAGCCAGUAUGGUUUAGUGUGUAAAUCUGUAUUUAGCUAUGGAAAAAUCCUUUUAGGAGUGUAUAUAGCUGAGAACUCUUUUUUUUUUUUUUUUUUUUCCCCUUUCUUAAGCCAUUGAUAGCAAUGAAAUAUUCUUCAGUAAAUCUAUGGAGUGUUUGGUUGCAUAAGGGUGGUUGUUUGGGCUGGAAAUCAUUACUGGCCCAGGAUUUCCCACUAAAACAUGUGCAAAUAUUCCUAAUCAUACACUAGUUUGGUUUCCUUUUGCUUUUUGAGCUUGCAUUAGUCCCUGUUCAGAACUUUCAGAUAAUCUUUGAAUUUUUUAAAGUUUUUAUAUCACUGGAACAGAAAGAGCGUCUAAAUGAAAGCCUCAAGCUAACUUUAUUUUUCAAGUACUUCAAGAAUUAUACUUCUGAACUGAGAUUUUAUAAGUUGACUUUCUGCUGAGAACUUACAUGAACUUCUUAAAAUGUAAUUUUAUAUUGAUGCAAACAGGUUGUUAAUUGCAGCAUAAUGACAAUUACAAUAUAAACUAAUGCAAAAAUUAUUUAAAUAGUGAAAAAGUAAACUUUGUAUUCUGUACAGCUUUUUUAAAUUAAGUUGCUGUAAUUCACACUGCUGUGAUGUAGAUACUGUAAUGUGUGCCUUGUAAAAUAUAUGUACUGUAUGUUAUAUGGAGAAAUAGAUACUUUAACACUGAAAAACUAGUGAUUUGGUACUGGUUGGUAUUACUUAGACUGAAGUACAACAUUUAGCAAACAAUUCUGGAAAAGGAAUCCAUUGGCAUGGACAUGGCAAUGAGUUCCAGAAGCUAGAACUUGAAAAUGUGAAUUACUGCAAAUAGCUGUUGGUGGAGGGCAUUAGAAUAAAUUAACUUUUUUGUGUUAAGUGAACAUUUCUUACAGGUUUAAUGUGAAAUUGUAACUUAAACAUUAGAGAUGGUAUUAAUAGCUAAGAACAUUCCACUAUAUUAAACUUUCUGUAUGAAUUGUGCAAUAAAGUUACUUUGGAAGAAA